UAACGAGCGCGCCAUAACAUGCAUACAUGAAAAUAACACACUUUGCAUACCAAAAUCAAAAUCUCACGAAUUCACACCCUUCCUUGGUCCUAACGCUUCGCCCAACCGCCCACGUUCAUCUUCAACCCCACAAUAUCUAAAUUGGUAAUUUCACCUACCCUUCCCGAACAAAUUUCUCUCCCACACCCACGCACACGCACACGCACACACCCCCACACAUGCCCUUGCACUAACUCGAACGCAUACCUUCCUAAAUCCCAAACCCUCUUAUUAUAUACCCCCCAACCUCUCUUUUCUCCACAAACUCAUUUCCACAUUCCACUUGAAAAUACCAUUUUGUGUUGCCAGAAAAUGUUCUCAGCUCCUGUUGAGCAGAUGCUGCAAUGCCCGUCUGGGGCGUUCAUCAUGAUGGACAAGAGAUCAUGGAACAAGCCCCACAUUGAGGUUGCCCCAAAUUGUCCUCGCUGUGCCUCUUCCAACACCAAAUUUUGCUACUACAACAACUACAGCCUCUCGCAGCCUAGGUACUUUUGCAAAGGGUGCAGGAGGUAUUGGACCAAAGGCGGUUCUUUGCGCAACGUGCCUGUAGGUGGCGGUUGUCGCAAGAAUCGCCGCGGGAAGGCGGCCAAGCUCUCGCAGGCUGACCGCGCUUCUUUGUCUUACUUUAAUCAUAACUCGAGUAGUUCUGAUGACACAUCUGGGCAGUACUCAAGUGGUACUGAUAACCAGCCAGGUGGAGGCAAUGGAUCAGAUAUUGAUUUGGCUGCUGUGUUUGCCAAGUUUUUGAACAACAACUCCUCCAGCCCUGCUGAUGAGCAUGAUCAUCUUGAUCAAGAUCAUGAACCCAAUUUGGUAAUUUCCAGCUCAGAGCUAAAUGAUGUUGAUGGGUCCCAAAAUUCUUCAAGGGCUGAUCAAGAUCUUGUUGAAGCCGUUGAUCACUUGCUUGGAGGCCUAGUAGCUCCUGAUCAUCAACAUCAACAAAUACAAGAAGAAAAUGUUCAGAGUUUUAUGGGAAUUAAUCAUGAUGAACAAGAUGAUAUGAAUAUUCACGAAUUUGGGUUACAGGGUUUGCUAGGAAACGACGACCAAGUGGUGCAAGAUGUGUUUUGGUCCGAUGAUGCAGCAACGACGUCGUCUUUGACGAGUAGCACUGCUAGUUUUUCAUGGCAGCCCAUGGUGCAUCUGCAAGAGCUGGACUAUUCACUACCGUCCGAUGAUGAUCAUAUGAACAUCCCCACCAAUCUUUGUAGUGAUAAUUGGAGCUCCUUUGAUUUUUCAGGAUUUGAAGUUUUCUCACGGUCUUAAUUGGAUGCUAAUUACAAAGGCAUUUUAACUUCUUGUUAGUUAAUUUCGUUUUACAAUUUUUGUUCUUCUGUAGUUAGGGAUCGAGUUCAGUACUGUCACAUUGCCAUGGUUAAAAAAAAAAUGUCACGGCAUAUA